AUGGUUUGGCUGACUAGGCCACAGGAGUAUAGUGCUAUUGCUGGCCUCCAUGGCUGUUUGCCGCCUCCUAGGCUUCGAAAUCAGAGACCCCUGGGUCUUGACCGCCUUGAGCAGAUCUUCAGAGCCAAUGCCGAAUCAAGACUUAUGGAGCUGUUUCUUUUCCACUUUCGCCAAACGGGAAAUACCCUUGAACAGGUAUUCUUAGGGACAAAGGCAUUUGGGACCAUCGACCCUGCAAACCUCGAAGUUAUACUAAGUUCGAAAAUCAAAGGUGAGCCUGCUUCCACAUCCGCCCACACAACGGAAGUUGACCCUUGGCCAGAUUUCAGCAUGGGCUUGAGGAGAGAGAUAACGUUUCCAAUGUUUGGGGACGGAAUUUUCACUCAAGAAGGCGCUGCAUGGAAACAGUCAAGAGACUUGCUCAGACCACAAUUUGCUCAUAAGCAGUAUGAAAACUUGGACGUUUUCCGGGAUUCUGUCGAUGACCUCCUCAAUGCCAUCCCAAGUUGCGGUGGUGUCAUCGACCUACAGCCGCUUUUCUUUCGCCUCACCCUCGACACCACGACCUCCUAUCUUUUUGGUGAAUCUGUACGAAGCCUCCGAACCCCCGAAUCAGUCGGCGAGAAGUCCUUUGCCGUUGCAUUCAACACUGCUCAAGCAUAUGUCGCCAAACGCUUCCGACUACUCGACUUGUACUGGUUGAUUGGCGGCAAGCCAUUCCGUGAAGCCUGCAGAAACGUGCACAAGUUUGCAGACCAGAUUAUCGACCGGAAUUUAUUGCAAAACGGGAAAAGCAUGAGAGCAGAUGAAGCCGAGUUUGUUUUCCUUGAUACAGUCGCAAAGGAUGUACCAGACCGAUGCGCGCUUCGAGGUCAGAUUAUAAACCUAUUAGUUGCAGGCCGUGAUACAACCGCUUGUCUUCUGUCAUGGACGCUGUAUGGUUUUAGUUUGGUCAGACACCCCAAGGUGCUCGAGAAGCUACGAUCAGAGAUCAGUCAUGCCUGCGACCGCGAGGCGGAAUUGAACCGAAACAGUCUUCGGACUCUUCGAUUGUAUCCAUCAGUGCCUGUGAAUGUCAGGACAGCCACGAGGACGACCAUUCUGCCUACAGGAGGCGGGCCGGACCGGAAAUCUCCCGUGCUGAUACCCAAAGGUGCUUCUGUUGCGUAUAGUGUCUACGCCAUGCAUCGAAGACCCGACCUCUACGGAAUGGACGCCGAGCUCUUCCGGCCCGAAAGAUGGGAUGAAGACAUGCCCUUGAACCAGGAUCUCACGAAUGCCAAAUGGGGCUAUCUUCCGUUCAAUGGUGGGCCACGGAUGUGUCUGGGCAUGGACUUUGCCGUGACUGAAGCUGCCUACACUAUUGUACGAUUGAUUCAGCGGUUCCCCACCAUCAGACUUCCUCCGGGUGAAGUGGUCGAGCAGACCGGAGUGGAAAGGCAGACCAUGACCCUCGUCAUGUCCAUUACCGAAGGUUGCAAGGUUGAAUUGGAGUGCUAG